AUGAUGCAGACCUAUCCUCCGCGUACGGAGAAGGAAGCUGAGGCUGUAACGUUGGUGUGGUGGGACAUCUACAGGUGUCCGGUUCCCGAUGACGUUAAUCCUUGUCUGAUCGGUCCGUUUAUAAAAGAGUCGUUGAAGAAACUAGGCUACUGUGGUCCUCUCACCAUCACUGCCAUUGGCAUGCUAACAGAGGUCGACAAUGAAGUCCUGAAAGCCCUCUGUUCCACAGGAGUCUCUCUUUAUCACGUCCCCACAGAAGGUCUUGUGGGUAAUUUGAGCCUCUUGUUAGAUAACUAUCCAGCUCCGGCUAAUCUUAUGGGUAUAUCCCGUGAGGGGCUCUUGGAUGGGUAUCUUGGGAGCUUAAGCUCAAGGCAGUACAACAUUCUUGAGUCACUAUAUCCUGAACGACCCAAAUCCAUCUGCUCCGGCUUUACAAGAACUGAAGGGUGCUACCUCUGGGAAACUUUCCUGGCAGACAUACGGUCGGCUACGCCAGGCUUUACAAGAUGUGAAGUGCCCUCGCUCUCCUUACGGGCAACUUCCCUGGCAAACAUUUGGUCGCCUACGCCAGGAUAUUUACCUUUGGUUCGAGAGCCACCAUUUCCGGGGACGGAAGAAUGGCGAACAAUGGCUGCAGCUGCCUUGUAUUGCGGAUCAUGCUAUUAUAUUGAUCUCCAAGGUUUUCAGAGUUUUGCAAAUCAUCUCGACAGUAAACAACAUGCACUUAAGGACUUGUACUAUCAACCCUUUGGGGGAGCGGUUGCUGCUGAUGACUCUAAAGGGAUGGAUGCUGAUGCCAUCCGAGCAGUGCUCAAAAGAAUUAGAGAAGCUCCAAGAAAGUUAAGUUCUAAUGAAUAUCUUAUUGAAGAUGAAGAUGAAGAUGAAGAUGAAGAUUAA